AUGCAUGUUGCGGCAACUCAGGCGAUGAUUAAGACCUAUCUCUUAUCUCUUAAAAUGGUAAUUGGACUGGAAGGCAUACCGGUGUAUACGCAUUUCUUCUUGCACGACAGUCAUUGGGCAUUCGGGCCAUUUCUGUGUGACUUGUGGCUGUCAGUGGACUACAUAGUUUGUCUCGCCUCCAUUUAUACGGUGCUAGGUAUCACCGUCGAUAGGUUCCAAGUAUAUUAUUUUCACUAUCAAUAUUCGGGUAUGGAACAUUUACGG